GCUCUGCGCCACGCCUCACCUAACCUCUGGCUGUUUGAGGGCCGCCUUAGAACUCAGAUCCCACAGACCUGAUCGGGAAAUCGUGCCGUCGAGAUGGCUCUAUCGCGCCUCUCCUCCUUCUCUUCCAGCUCGGCCGCCGUUCUCAAGCCACUCACAGCAGCCCUCUCCUUGCACCGCCCGAUCUCCACGGACACCACUCCAUUGACGAUCGAGACAUCCGUCCCUUUUACUUCGCACCAGUGCGAAUCGCCGUCACGCUCUGUUGAGACCACUCCAAAGGAGCUCCUCUCCUUCUUCCGUGACAUGGCUGUGAUGCGGAGGAUGGAGAUCGCUGCGGACUCACUCUACAAGGCCAAGCUUAUCCGUGGAUUCUGCCAUCUAUAUGACGGUCAAGAAGCUGUUGCGGUAGGCAUGGAAGCCGCUAUCACUAAAAAGGAUUGCAUCAUCACUGCCUAUCGCGACCACUGCACCUUCUUAGGGCGCGGUGGAACUCUCCUAGAGAUAUUUGCUGAGCUGAUGGGGCGGAAGGAUGGGUGUUCGAAAGGAAAAGGUGGUUCGAUGCACUUCUACAAAAAGGAUGCUAAUUUUUACGGUGGUCAUGGAAUUGUUGGGGCUCAGAUUCCACUAGGGUGCGGUUUGGCUUUUGCGCAGAAGUAUGCUAAGGAUGAAACGGUGACAUUUGCUUUGUAUGGUGAUGGUGCUGCAAACCAGGGUCAGUUGUUCGAGGCAUUGAACAUUGCUGCCCUUUGGGAUCUGCCAGCGAUUCUGGUCUGCGAGAAUAAUCACUAUGGUAUGGGGACUGCGGAGUGGAGAGCUGCAAAGAGUCCUGCAUAUUACAAGCGUGGGGACUACGUUCCUGGCUUAAAGGUAGAUGGAAUGGAUGUCCUUGCAGUGAAGCAAGCAUGCAAGUUUGCCAAAGAGCAUGCCUUGAAGAAUGGACCAAUUAUUCUUGAGAUGGACACCUACAGGUAUCAUGGCCACUCAAUGUCUGAUCCUGGCAGCACCUACCGCACACGUGAUGAGAUUUCUGGCGUGAGACAGGAGCGUGAUCCGAUCGAAAGAGUUAGGAAGCUGAUACUGACACAUGACCUAGCUACUGAAAAAGAGUUGAAGGAUAUUGAGAAGGAGGUGAGAAAAGAGGUAGAUGAUGCCAUAGCUCAAGCCAAGGAAAGUCCCUUGCCCGAACCUUCUGAACUCUUCGCAUAUGUGUAUGCGAAAGGGAUGGGUGUUGAGUCUUUUGGAGCAGAUAGGAAGGAAGUUAGGGCUACACUCCCAUAGGUUGAGAUUUCUGGAGUAGAAUUUUGUCACUUCUGUUUUUGACUUGUUCAAUCAACAUACCAAUCCUCGGAAGGAUGAGCAAUAAAAGUAUCAUUUAUCAUUUCAUUUUGACAUCGCCCUUUCGAUUGUAUAGAAUACCUAUUCUUUCAAAGUUUGGGGGUGCAAAAUUCCUUAAUUUUGGCUAUGUAGUAUUUGUAAUAAGCCUAAGGAUAUACAUUACCUAUGUUUUCUUUUCUAUGAGCAUCAGAAUUCCAUUGCCUACAAUUGAUUGAAUAGGCGAUUGUGGUCUUCUAUACAUUCUUUCCUUCACCUGCAAAGAGUUUUUAGGCUCAUAGUGUGUGAAAGGUUAAGCAUAUCUGAUUUCAUUUUUGUUCUUCUAUCAUACUUGUUGAGUUUCUUGUAUUGUUGGGUUAUGUGGAUUUGGCAGUUUCUUUCUGGAGUAAAAGACCAUUCAUUCAGACCUCUUGCACCACAGUACGAAAGGUUUUUUUUUUUUCUCUUGAAUCUCAAUCUUCUUCUACAUUUAAUCUUUCACUCCAAACAUCAGACACAUACACAGACAUAAUUACGCACUGUAUACCCACUUAACUGAGUAAAAGGUCCACACACUCCACAGCCUGCCGGCGUCGUGCCCCACACCGUACCGGGGUUUCAUUCUUUUAAUCUCAAUCUCUCUGUCUUUUUUAUGUUUUUUCACCCCUUAGGAGUUAGGAUGUUGGGAUGGCAGGUUCUGUAAAGGCCACUAGUGGACAAACUGCAAUGACAGUCUCUUUGGUUUUCUUUCUCCGUUCAGAGCUCAGAGUAUCCAAUGCUUGCCUCAUCAAAAUGGUAAGAGACUUCCCCAACUUCCCAUGUUGCAAUAAAUUUUAAUUGCUUUA